ACUCUGAAUCGCGGUCGGGGUAUGGAGCGUGCGUCGAGUCAGUCUGGUGGUGGGACCAGUUCCACAAACGGCAAGUCGGACAGUUUGGGUGUUUGGUUACCAGUUCGAGUAUUGAGUCGUUUGGUUCAUUCGCUCAGCUUUCAUCAUCCACAUUCGUCCGGGCAUAGUCGUAAUGAAAAGCAUGGCGUUCGAAGACGUUCAGGUCGUGUGACUGGAUCUACCAAGGAAGUUAACUCAAUGACUGCCGCUGCCUCGUUACACAACUAA